UGUUCAACAUGAAAUACCAACAUCCGGUUACAAGAAAUAUGUUUUCGUAAUAUUCUUAACAUUUUAUUUAAAGGAACCAUCAUAACUUUACAUUUUAAACUAAAGGGACCGUUAGAGAAAGCAAACAUGCCCUUGCCAAGAGGGGUAGAAGCUGUCCUUAACGUGGCACUGCGUGUCCCACCCCUGUUUUUAAUGGACAGUGUUCUAAAUAAGUCCUUUUUAGCUUUUCUCUUUCCAUUUGACCCAAAUGACACGAAAAUGACAUGGAGUCAGUACGUUUGCUGGAUGUGUCUCAUGAGUAAUGUGUUUUGGGUGGCCUUGUUGAUGUUCAUGCUGUCAGUCCGGCAGUUGUUGUACAUCUACAGUUACUUUGUGAACAUCAUUGUGCUCUCCUUAUCCUUUUAUUGGAACCAGAGUUUCAUCUUGGAGGCCCAUGAAGAGGACAAGAUUGCAUUGGAAGAGAGUGUGACCUUUAAGCGACAAGUGUAUCAGAACUUCUUCACCCAGUUCCUGUUUGCCUGGCUAUUCUAUGUGGCGUGGGAUUUGAGACGAAGUACUGAGGAAUGUAGUAAUACUAAGAAAACCAUUGUUCAGACAGCGAUACACCUGUCAUUUAUUUCGCCUCUGGUUCUACAAGGAAUGUACAGAGAUUCUUUAUACCUGGAGUUCAGUCCAUUUUUGGCUUUGCUGUACCCGGCACUGCAAAUAUCCCAAGAUAUAAUGCAUUCAUUAUCGAACUUGUGUUAUGCCUUCAGGAGACUAUGGAAUAUCGUUAAAGUCACUAUUAGUGCCAUUGGUGUUAUCCCGUUUUUAGAGGAUCAGUGGGCAAGGUUAUUCGUUCCAACUGUUCUUAGAGCUUUUUGCAUGUUGAGAAUUGUGUAUCAAAUAUCAUUAUACUUUUACUCUAUAUACUACACUACUCCUCCACCGAAACUUCUCAAUGCAACAACUGAGUUCGAAAAUCGUCAUGAAAAUCUAACUGUGAUAUUUCAAAACCUGUUGGUCAGAAGCUGUGAAACCUCGGUGUCCAUGUUGGGUAUGACUAGCUGUAUUUCCUUUUUUGCACACUACGUAGGCCUGUUCAUGGCUUUUUGGGUUGGGUCUGACACAGAGGAAGAUAGAGGCUAUGGCACAGUGGCUGCUAUAUUGUUUGUCAUACUUUCACUGCAGACUGGUUUGACAGGUCUUGAUCCAGAGAAACGCCUUGUUCGUUUGUAUAGGAACUUUGCUCUGUUCUCUGCAGCGUUUUUACACUUUGUUCAUAAUAUGGUGAAUCAGAUUUUACUGUCCUUGAGUGCAUCGCGAAAUAUGUCUAAAAGGAAACAUUUUCGUGCAUUAGCAAUGUGUGCGUUUUUAAUCAUAUAUCCAAUCUGUCUGAUGACAUAUUUAUGGCAUAACCAUAGUGUAAGUCCAUGGCUUUUAAGCGCCACUGCAUUUUCAAUAGAACUUAUAAUUAAAGUGCUAGUAUCAUUAAUGGUGUAUACUUUAUUCAUCAUAGAUGCAUAUCGAGAGACUUUCUGGGAGAAACUGGAUGACUAUAUUUACUACAUCACUUCCACAGGAAGUACAAUAGAAUUCCUCUUCGGGAUAUUUAUAUUUUUUAACUGUGGCUUCAUGUUGGUGUUUGAAUGGGGCGGUGCUAUGCGGGCUGUGAUGAUGUGUGUUCAUGCAUACUUCAACAUAUUUGUGCAGGCCAAGGAGGGCUGGAAAGUGUUCAUGCGACGUAGGACUGCCGUGAAGAAAAUAAACAUGCUCCGAGAAGCGACGCCAGAAGAACUUGAGAAACUGAAGGACGUGUGUGCAAUAUGUUAUCAGGAAUUAUUGACAGCUAGAGUGACGCGAUGUAAUCAUUACUUCCACAGUGUGUGUCUGCGUAAGUGGCUGUAUGUACAGGAUAGCUGCCCACUGUGUCAUGAAGUUCUGUACAAGCCAAGUACUGAUAGCUCGAAGGCAUCUGAAGGUACAAAUGCGAAUGCCGAAGAUGCUAAUCAAAAUAAUCUCCAUCAAAAUGGACAGUUGGUGCAUAACGGUGUCCUACGUCUUAAUGCUGAACGUUUAUGAUAUACUAGCCGGCAGUUUUAAUCAGUUUAUAUAGUUACACUUUUGCUCAGUAAAACGAUUUUCCAUAUUAAAAAAAUACAAGUUAUGUUUUUAUGGGUGUAUUUAUUGUUUUUGUUUUCACUCCAUGUUUUAUAAAUUAACUGUGAAAGAUGCAUUUCUAGCCUUUUAUCCUAGUUAUUUAUUACCAUUUGUUUUUAUUUUAUGAGAGGCGUAAACAUGUAAAUUGUUAUGUGUUGGACUUUGUUGAAUUUAAUUGUAAAUAUAUGAAACAUAUUAUCAAGUAAUUUUGUUUGUUAAUCAAAUUUGAACUUAAAAGUAUAACUUAAAUUGUAAAUGAACGAGGAUAGUUCAUUAUUUGUGUGCGUUUUUAAUGUAUAGUAAUUGAUUUCACUCAUUAAAAUGGUCACAAUUCCACAACUUAUGAGAAUACUAUACUUGCUUGUGUACCAUGUACUUGUACUUCAUUUGUUAUGCCGCCGGAUCUAAUGACCGGGUUAUAUUGUUUUUGGCCUGCCUGUCUGUCAUUAUAUGUGUCUGUCUGUCAUUGUAUGUGUCUGUCACAAACUUUAACCUUGGUUAAACUUUUGCAAUAACUUUGCAAUACUGAAGAUAGCAACAUGAUAUUUGGCAUGCAUGUGUAUCUCAUGGAGCUGCACAUUUUGAGUGCUGAAAGGUCAAGGUCAUCCUUCAAGGUCAAAGGUCAAAUAUAUGGCUUCAAAGUGGCGCAGUAGAGGGCAUUGUGUUUCUGACAAACACAUCUCUUGUUGUUUGUUUACCAUGUAGUGAACCUUAUGUUGUCCAUUUUUCUUCGAAAACAGCCUAAGUGAAUUUUAGCGCAAUUGUUGUAUUUUGUUUUAUAGAAACAGCAGCUUCAUGACACAUGAGAAGGCAUAUUUAUGGUCCAUAAGAAAAUCCUGGACAACCAAUUUAUACAAAAAGUAACUGCAAAAACUGCAUAUAGUUAGGUUAAACAUAAGUCGAGGCAGAAACCUAGUUUAUUUUAUACUGAAAAGAUUAAAAAAGUAUAAAUGCAUCUUUAAGCAUGCAAAUGGGCUUGAAUUUUAUUACAGACAUUCACGUAUAAUCCAGUCAUAAACUGCGUGUAUAAUGAUCAACAAUAAAACAUCUGCCAAAACUUAAUUCAAUUCUCCUGAUAACACGGUUUUGCCUCCUUAAAAAUGACAAAAUAUGAUCUUUGGCAGUUUUCAAAGGAAUUAGAUGAUGAAUUAAAUUUUUGGAAAUUUCACUAAUACAUCAGAGAUUCCCCUUUCUCUUUCAUCUUUACUGUGUUACCUUUAUUGCAAUUUGGGUCAAUGGGUCAAAGGUCACUGUCGCAAAAAGUGUGAAAAUGGUUUUAGAUCAAUAACUUGUCAACAAAUGGACUGAUUUGCUUGAUCAUUCACAUGGCCAUUGGGCUUGGACAGUCAGAUUACCAGUAACAAAGGUCAAGGUCACUGUAACAAUUAGUGUGAAAAUCGUUUCAGAUCAAUAACUAGUCAACGAAUUGACCGAUUUGCUUGAUACAUGUACUUCCCAUGUGCUUUGGAAGUAGAUGACACCUCGUAAGAUUGCAGUUAAAUAGGUUCAAGAUCAAGGUCACUGUCACAAAAAGUGUGAAAAUCGUUUCCGAUCAAUAACUUCUAAGGAAUUGACUGAUUUGCUUGCUACUUUGUAUGUGCAUUGGCAUUAACAGUAGAUGACCCCCUAUUGAAUUAGGGGUCACUAGUUCAAAGGUCAAGGUCACUAUGACAUUAAGCGAAAAUUGGUUCACCUUGGAUAUGUCAUCAAAGGAUUGAGUGAUGGGUGGGGGAUGCAUCUGUCUCCUACCCCGGAGCUCUUGUUUAUUUUGUUUUUAUUGGCUCACAUUGCUUACUUAAAUGCUGGUAAAACAUGUUAUAUUUUUUGUUUACAUUAUGCAACCUAUUACACAUAAAAAUUGUUUUAGGGAAAACUUGAAUGCUAACAAAUAUUAAAAUAAGAGACUUGGUUGAUAACCCAAAUGAUUUAUCAUACGAUUUUUGUUGAAUUUGGUGUCUUUUCAAUCCCAACUUGGUAAGCGAACAGGCAAUUCAAAUUGUUCUUUAGCCAACCAGAUUUAGUUCUCGCCAAAAGUAGCAGGUAGAAUCAAGAGCCAUCAGACCUAUAAACUUAUAAAAAUAACCAGUAAACAGUAGAACAGCAUGAAUGUCAUACCAAUGUAAAUAUAUCCCUAAAAUAAUUGCACUGCUCAAUGUGAACUUAAUAAAUUGCUAAUUUAUUUGUGUGUUUAUAGUUGGAUCUAUUUCUUGUCCACUAUAGUCAUGAUAAGUAUUUAUUUAAGACAUUUCGACAGAUUUAUUAAUUGAUCAAUUUCUAACCUUUUGUCUCGGGCUGCAGAAAACAAAUUAAUGUGCAUAUAAAGGUACAAAAUAACACUACAUGAUAAAAGGGAUACUGAAAAGGCUAGUUCAUUUAGGAGCAAUCAUCUGCAAUUUAUUUUACAUUGAAGCAUUUUUAACUUUGGUAUUUCAGUUUGUUUAUUUUAGCUCACCUGAGCACAAAUCGCUCAUGGUGAGCUUUUGUGAUCGCCUUUUGUCCGUCGUGCGUUGUCCGUUGUGCGACGUCAACAUUUGCCUUGUUCACUCUCUAGAGGCCACAUUUAUUGUCCAAUCUUCAUAAAAUUUGGUCAGAAGAUUCGUUUCAAUGAUAUCUUGGAUGAGUUGGAAAAUGGUUACAUUUGCUUGAAAAACAUGGCUGCCAAGGGGCGGGCAUUUUUCCUUAAAUGGCUAUAUAUGGCUAUAGUAAAAUCUUGUUAACACUCUAGAGGCCACAUUUAUUGUCUGAUCUUCAUGAAACUUGGUCAGAAGAUUCAUCCCAAAAAUAUCUCGGACGAGUUCGAAAAUGAUGCAGGUUGGUUGAAAAACAUGGCCGCCAGGGGGCGGGGCAUUUUUCCUUAUAUGACUAUAGUAAAACCUUGUUAACACUCUAGAGGCCACAUUUAUUUUCCGAUCUUCAUGAAACUUGCUCAGAAGAUUUGUCCGUCUGAUAUCUUUAAUGAGUUCAAAAAUGGUAACCUUUGCUCGAAAAACAUAGCUGCCAAGGGGCGGGGCAUUUUUCCUUAUAUGGCUAUAUAUGGCUAUAGUAAAAUCUUGUUAACACUUCAUAGGCCACAUUUAUUGUCUGAUCUUCAUGAAACUUGGUCAGAAGAUUCAUCCCAAUAAUAUCUUGGACGUGUUCGAAAAUGAUGCAGGUUGGUUGAAAAACAUGGCCGCCAGGGGGCGGGACAUUUUUCCUUAUAUGGCUUUAGUAAAACCUUGUUAACACUCUAGAGGCCACAUUUAUUGUCCAAUCUUGAUGAAAUAUGGUCAGAAGAUUUGUCUGAAUGAUAUCUUGGAUGAGCUCGAAAAUGGUUACCUUUGCUUGAAUAACAUGGCCGCCAAGGGGCGGGGCAUUUUUCCUUAUAUGGCAAUAUAAGGCUAUAGUAAAAUCUUGUUAACACUCUAGAGGCCACAUUUAUAGUCUGAUCUUCAUGAAACUCGGUCAGAAGAUUCAUCCCAAUAAUAUCUUGGACGAGUUCAAAAAUGAUGCUGGUUGGUUGAAAAACAUGGCCACCACAGGGGCGGGGCUAUUUUCCAUAUAUGGCUAUAGUAAAACCUUGUUAACAGUCUAGAGGUCACAUUUAUUUUCCGAUCAUCAUGAAACUUGGUCAGAAGAUUUGUCCCAAUGAUAUCUUGGAUGAGUUCAAAAAUGGUUUUGGUUGCUUUAAGAACAUGGCCACCAGGGGCGGGACAUUUUUCCUUAUAUGGCUAUAGUAAAACAUUGUUAACACUCUAGAGGCCACAUUUAUUGUCCAAUCUUCAUGAAAUUUGGUCAGAAGAUUGGUCUCAAUGAUAUCUUGGAUGAGUUCGAAAAUGAUUAUGUUUGCUUGAAAAAAAUGGCUUCCAAGGGGUGGGGCAUUUUUCCUUAUAUGGCUAUAGUAAAAUCUUGUUAACACUCUAGAGGCCACAUUUACUGUCCGACCUUCAUGAAACUUGGUCAGAAGAUUCAUCCCGAUAAUAUCUUAGAUGAGUUCAAAAAUGAUGCCGGUUGGUUAAAAAACAUGGCUGCCAGGGGGCGGGACAUUUUUCCUUAUAUGGCUAUAGUAAAACCUUGUUAAAACUCUAGAGGCCACAUUUAUUUUCCGAUCUUCGUGAAACUUGGUCAGAAGAUUUGUCCCAAUAAUAUCUUGUUAUCUCAGGUGAGCGACUUUGGGCCUUUCAGGCCCUCUUGUUGUUGCAGAUUUCGGAAAAGUCAUUGACCAUUUUCAUUAAUUGCUUGAUAUGCAGAUAUAUAGAUACCCAUGUGGUAUUGGUUGUAGUCUUUUAAUCUAACCUAAAGGUUUUAGGGUCGAAAGUACUCAAUAACCAUUUCAAAUAUUUAAAAAAAAAGUGAUUUUUAGGUCAUAUUCUGAAAUCUUUCAAGAUGAAAACAAAUUAAUGAAAUGCUUCAAACACCAUAGACUGUACUACAAACCCGUUGAAGUAAUGUUUUUAUGUUGUUGUUUAAAAAAACAACUUUUUUAACAACUCUAAUUUUACAUACAUUUGUUAAACAAGUCUCUUGUCUGGUUACAAAAAAAUUUGCUUAUAUGGAGUUUGGGUGCUGAAAUGUUUUAAAAAUAAAUUAAAGUUAAUGUUUUGGUACAAAAAAAUCGCAACGUAUUACAGAUGUUUACUUUCCAAAUGCUACAAGAAAGUACAAUGUAUAUUGUGUUAUCCAUUGUUUGUUUCAAACAUUUAAAUUCUAUGUUCUGUUAAUAAUGUUUGUUCUAAAGCUAUAUUUUAUCUAAUGUACAAAUUGUGAUAAUAAGUCAGAAGGUCCGAGUUUGGUGGAAGGUAGUUUGAGCUUCAGUAAAAAAACUUAAUAACUGAUAAACCAAGAUGGUGGAUUAAGUUUAAGGUUUUGACAUUUUUUGGAAAGGAUUUGUAAAAUGGGUGCUUGUUAAUAAUUGGACUGAAAAUACCUUUCCCAAAUUCUUUAACAAAAUAAGCCUGCAAUGCGCCAUUUUGAUAAUGAUUCCACAAAUGUAACUCCUAUUUAUACACUUUAAAAAGUAUUAUACUUUAUAUCAAUUGCUGCUGCUGCAGCAAUGGUCUGGUGCCAUGAAAUAUAUUUGGAAGUUUGAAUUUCAAGAGCUAAGUGUGCCAGUGAAUGAUGCAUAUAAUAAAGAAAUGUUAAGCUGGUAAAGAGAUCUCGUGCUUAGCUCCUAAAAAUAAUUUCUGUCGCAAGUAAUUAUCUGAACUGUGACAAAUAAUACCAAGUAACUGGUUAACUUAUGUUUGUAAUUCAGUAUUUCAAAAAGUACAUAAUUGUUUUAUUCUGUUUAUUUCCCUCAAUAUUUGGAAUGCUGUUUCAAAGUUAUCAUAGAAAUAUUGCAACCUUAGCUGAUUGUAUGUGUGUCUAUGUAUACAAAUUUGGAAUGCUUGUUUGUUUUUGAAUAAAUGCUUUAUGGCAUGUAUUAA